AUGUAUCAAUGUUAUAGUACUAAACAUUUUGUUUUCACGCUGUUUAUCGUAUGCAAUGUUAUUGGAUAUAUCAAAUUAGCAAGUGCCAAUGAAAAAUCAAAACGACCCGAUGAUACAGAUAUAAUAGAGCCUAUAUCCCCCGAAGCUGUUGCACCCGAAGCUCAAAUACAUUUACAUGCCGAUGACGCAGCUCAUCCACAUCAACAUGAUGAUAAAUCAACUGCCCAAGAGAAAACUUCCGAAACAAAAUCCGAAAAAGAUGAGGAUGAAAAUAUCGAUGAUCUAAAUGAUUCAUUGCACGAUUUAAUUAUUGAAUAUCGUAUAAAAGAGCAAGAAAAGAAGAAUGCAAAAAAAUCUCAAGAGAAUGAAGAAAAUGUCGAUGCAGAAGAAGAUGAUGACGACGAUGAUGAUGAUGACGCUAAUUUACAACGCGUAUUAAAACAGAUCGGUGUUAGUUUACAUAAAAAAUAUCAUCAAAAACAAACGACCGAUCAAUCAACAAAAUUAUCGGCGAUGAUACAAGAUUUAUAUCAAACAAUAAAAACCACUCGACCACAUUUAUUUACUAAAGCAACCAGAAACGAUGAUAGAGAAUUACCUGCAGAUACAAAUUUGAAUGAAGAAACAAAAGACGUUGAUGAAACUGAUGAAGAAGAAAAUAUUCCAUUAACACCUGAAAUGGACCGUGCAAAUAAUAUCUAUCAUCAAGCUAUGAAAUUAAUUAAUGUCACUGUCAACCGACAAUAUGAAGCCGCCUAUAAAUUAUUCAAAGAAGCAGCUGAUAUCGGUCAUAUUGGUGCUAAAGAAGAACUAGCAUUUGCUCAUCUUAUUGGUGUACAUUUACCAAUGAAUUUCAAUCAAGCAAAACUAUAUUUCGAUCAAGGCGCUGAACUAGGUUCACCGCCAUCACAUUUUGGGUUGUAUUUUCUGAACAGUGCCGGACUUAUUCCAAAUGCAAGUAUUCCAAAAGCUCUUGUUCAUUUAUCAUUUGCUGCUGUUGAUGGUUACAAUCCAGCUCAAAUGGCACUCGGUUAUCGAUAUUGGCGUACCGUUUCACUUGCGCAUAGUUGUGAGUCAGCUUUAAUGUUUUAUAAACAAGUAGCGACAUAUGUCUCAUCGAAGAUGACAUCAGCAACUGGACAAUUGAUUCAACGUAUUCGUUUGUAUGAUGAAGAAGAACAUCCAACACAAAAUAAUAUUAUGGUUGACGAAGAUCUUGUACAAUAUUAUCAAUUAUUAGCCGAUCGCGGUGAUGCUCAAGCACAGUAUGGUCUUGGUCAAUUGUAUUAUUUACGUGACACAGCUUUCGAUAAAGCACUUUAUUAUUUUCGUUUAGCUGCUGAAAAUGGAAAUUCAAAUGCAAUGGCAUAUUUAGGAAAAUUAUAUGCAGAAAAAAAUGAAUAUGUUAAACAAAACAAUUUCACUGCUCUGCAAUUUUUUCAACGUUCAGCCGAAAAAGGUAAUCCAAUUGGUCAAUCUGGCAUUGGCAUGGCUUUUUAUCAUGGUGCUGGUGUUGAUCAAAGUUACGAAAAAGCGUUCAAAUAUUUUCAAUUGUCUGCCGAUCAAGGUUAUGUUGAAGGACAACUGAUGCUUGGUAUCAUGUAUUAUAAAGGCGAAGGCGUAAAACGAGAUUAUAAAAUGGCUAUCAAAUGCUUUCAAGCAGCAUCGCAAUCAGGCCACGCACUUGGCUAUUAUAAUCUUGGACAGAUGCAUGCCACUGGUACAGGUGUACUACGGUCGUGUACAACAGCCACUGAACUUUUUAAAAAUGUUGCCGAACGUGGUAAAUGGUCAAGCAUGUUCAUUGAAGCCUACAAUCUUUAUCGGCAAGGUCAUAUUGAGCAAGCGUUUAUGAAAUAUUUAUAUUUGGCCGAACUUGGAUAUGAAGUUGCACAAUCGAAUGCAGCAUAUUUACUUGAUCAAAUGCCGAAUCAAUUGACAAAUAUUUAUAGUAGUCAAGAGGAACAAUAUAGAAGAGCGUUGACUUAUUGGAAUCGAGCUGCCACACAAGGUUUUCAUACGGCACGAGUGAAACUGGGAGAUUAUUUUUAUUAUGGCUAUGGUACUGAACAGAAUUAUGAAGCAGCAGCAAUACAUUAUAAAUCUGCAACUGAACAAAGUCAAAAUUCACAAGCAAUGUUUAAUUUAGCUUAUAUGCACGAAAAAGGCUUAGGAUUAAAAAGAGAUAUACAUUUAGCAAAACGUUUUUAUGAUAUGGCAGCAGAAACAAGUGCUGAUGCUUAUCUACCUGUUAGUAUUGUUCUAUUUAAACUUCAUUUGGAACUAUUGUGGGAAAAAUUCAGUGCCCUGUUUUUCUCAUCAUCAACUGAACCAAUUCCGACAUCAAGUACGACACCGUCAACAGUAGAUGUUGGUGAUAAUCAUUCAACAUCAAUUGAGUUAGAUUCAUCAUGGGAUUUAUAUUUAAUGGCAGCGUUACUUGGUCUUAUCGGUGCUCUAUAUACGAUUCGACGUCAGCGAGCUAUUUUGCACCAACAGCAGCAGCAGCAACCAGCGCAAGUUCCGGUGCAGUGA